AUGUCGAAGGCUGUUGUCAAAACAACCUUUGAGGCGUCUCGUACGAUUCGCCCGAUAUAUACGGGCGGGAGUACUGCACUAGAUGCCUCCGGCCGCAUCUUACUCUCAUGCAUUGGCGAAGAUGCCUUAAUCGUGGAUUUGGAGACUGGUGACCAGCUUGCUAGUCUGGAAGGAGAUGGGGAGAUAAUUACCAGUUUGGCCAUAACUCCAUCUGCGUCGCACGCUAUCGUUUGCUCACGGUCGAUGUCUAUGCGGAUAUAUGCUCUUACUCCUUUCGACCCUGAUUCCCAGUUCGUCACAGCAGAGCUCAUUCGAACCCUCAAACCCCACCCUGCGCCCGUGGUGACUACAGCAAUCGAUCAUACAGGUACACUGCUUGCUACAGGCGCUGCUGAUGGAUCCAUCAAAGUAUGGGAUAUCCGAGGAGGCUAUGUGACCCAUACCUUCAAUGAUCGUGGGGUUAUCUCCGCCCUAUGCUUCUUCGAGGUCUCCGCAGAGGCCGAGCUCAAAUCCUCCAAAAAGAAGUCAAAGCGCAAGGCUUCCGGAGACGAUGAUGAGAUGGAGGAUGCUAACGCCGAUUCCACAAUUGGAUUCCGACUCGCCUGUGGCAGUGACGAGGGCAAGGUCCGUGUGUUUGACCUGCACAAGAGGAAGCCAAUUGCUUCUUUAGAUUCGCACGUAUCUUUGGUGCGCAGCCUAUCUUUCUCUCCUUCUGAGAAUGCGCUACUCUCUGCGAGUCGCGAUAAGACUCUUAUCAUCUGGGACGCGAAGACGUGGAAGCAGAGGAGAAUUAUUCCCGUGCUUGAAAGCGUCGAAGCCGCGGCUUUCUUAGGCGAUAGUGAGCUCUGCGUUAUUGGAGGCGAGCAUGCGAAAUUACGAGUUUGGGACUGCAACCGCGGCAGUGAGGUUACUGAAGAGCAGGAAGCUGGGGAGGAGUAUGAAACAAUUGUGGGCAUCCAAUAUUCCCCAGGUGCCCCUUUUGUCAUGACCGUCCAUGCAGACCAGACUAUCCGUCUCCACUCUCUCGAUUCAUUAUCCAGCUACACUCCUGGAUCUACAUUAGAACCACUACGGAUUACGCGCCGCAUCUCUGGUAACGACGAUGAGAUCAUUGAUCUUGCCUUCGUUGGCCCAGAUCGGUCAAUGCUCGCCCUGGCCACCAAUACUGAAACUAUUCGCAUUUUUUCAGUCGCACCAUCUGAGGACAGACCCUCAACAGGAACUGAGGAUUUUUUUGGCGCAGAUAUUGCCCAUCUUGAAGGUCACGAGGAUAUCAUCAUGGCCAUUGAUGUGGACUGGUCCGGACACUGGCUAGCAACUGCAGCAAAGGAUAACGCGGCUCGCCUCUGGAGAAUUGAUCCUAAAGCCUCAUCAUACACAUGUUUUGCCGUCUUGACUGGUCACGCGGAGACCGUGGGAGCGAUUGCUCUACCGCGCGUGCCACCUGCUGCUGGCAGCCCCGCAUAUAAUGACCCUCUGAACCACCCGCCAGCAUUCAUAAUGACUGCGUCAUCUGAUCGCACGAUCAAGCGUUGGGAAACAAGCAAGCUUGGUCCACUAAAAGAUCAAAAGCCCCAUUCACCGAAGGCCAUCUUCACCCGCAAGGCUCAUGAGAAAGAUAUCAAUGCCCUUGAUAUUGACCACGCUAAUUCAAUUUUCGCCAGUGCAUCCCAAGACCGAACUGUCAAGAUCUGGGAUGCCGACGAAGGUUCAGCAAUUGGUCUUCUCCGUGGGCACAAGCGUGGUGUGUGCACGAGCCGCGGACUAGUUGCAACUGGCUCUGGUGAUAAGACUGUGAAGCUCUGGAGUCUUGCUGAUUACAGCUGCCUAAUGACAUUUGAGGGGCACGUUAACUCUGUCCUGAAGGUUGUCUGGCUUCCGCCAUCUCAAAUCUCCAAGGGCCAGUCUAGCGAUGAUGAUGAAGAUGAAGAAACCAAUUCACCCAAGAAUGCUAUCCAAACAAAGCCUCUCAUUGCUUCGGCUGCUGCAGACGGCCUUGUCAAGAUCUGGGGUACCCAUGGUGAAUGUGAGGCGACACUUGAUAACCACGAAGAUCGGGUCUGGGCACUCGCCACCCCUACACCAUCCGGUUCCCGCUCCGACAUUAAGACCACUUCUACCAAACUCAAUACCACACCUUUCGCCCUUGCAUCUGGUGCCGCAGAUUCCACUGUCACUCUCUGGACUGACACCACAUCCGCCACUUAUACCGCUGCAGUCAACGCUACCUCCGAGCGUGUUGAGCAAGAUCAGCGGCUACAAAACUACAUCCGUGCCGGCGCGUACCGUGAAGCCAUCACCCUCGCUUUACAACUAAAUCAUCCUGGCCGCCUUCUCUCGCUCUUCUCUUCCGCUAUCGAUGCUGCCGACGAUCCAACUCUCUCGACCGAGGAUCGGGAGCGUGCAGUGGACAGUCUGACCGGCAAUCCCUCUAUCGAUGAGGUUCUACAGUCGCUUGACCCAGCGAAUUUGCGCACCCUAUUACUCCGCCUCCGGGACUGGAAUACCAAUGCGCGCAAUUCGCGGGUUGCUCAGCGUAUUCUCUAUGCCCUAUUCCGCUCGUAUCCUGCUUCUACGUUUGUUGAGCUGGCAACGCAGUCUGUGCGUGGUGGUAAGAAUGGACGUGCUGCAGCGGGUUUGAAGGAUAUACUGGCUGCUCUUGCUGCGUAUACAGAGCGCCACUACAAGCGUGUUGAAGAGCUUUCUGAUGAUUCUUAUCUCGUUGAGUGGGUUCUUGGAGAAAUGGAUGGUGGUGUCGGACUUGGCGGAAUGAUGAGUCUGGACCUGGAUGGGGAUGAAGUCAAUGGUAAUGUUGCCGAGCAUGAGAAAGACGUUAUCAUGCUUGAAAGCUAG